AUGGACCCAUAUUCCGACAGAAUUUUAUUCACUAAAGAACCAAAUCUCAUGACCGAAUUUUUAACAUCGAAUGAAUAUCAAGUUGGAACCGGGUAUAAUCUAUUCAGAUUCAGUAAGCGCAUCCGCAGAAUGCUUAUUAAUAAAGCGAGUGGCUUAUUUUCAUGGCAGGCUCAAUAUAAAGAAAUCCCAUAUAUUACUUCAGAGAUGGAAAACAUAAGAGAAAAUAUAAGUUUAGGUGUCAGCUUCGUUCAAAUAAGUUGUUUAACAACAAUAGUUAAAACAGAUUCAGAAAAAUUUAUCAAGCAAAAAACUCAAAAUAGUCUCUACGAUUAUUUAAAAGAUCAAAUUCCAUUUGCCGAUGAAGGUGUACAUUUAGACUAUCCUCCUGCAAAGAUUGAAGAUAGAAUGAGUGCAAUUGAGCAACGACACAAGGCAUUAGAGUUGUUUCUUCAAGAUUAUGUAGUGAAUGUUAAUAUCCUUUAUGAUAAAGAUGUUGACAAUAGAUUUUAUAAAUAUACUGAAAUUCAAGACGAUAAAACAAUAUAA